GAAGAAGAAGAAGAAGAAGAAGAAGAAGAAGAAGAAAAAAAAAGACAGGAUAAGAUAAGACAGUGCGAACGAUUUCAGUUUGCAAAAUUGGAAUUGCAAUUGAUCUUUCUUCUCAUCUCUCGUCUGAAGAUUUCUAUCCUUUUAUUUUCUCUACAACUCCAACAACUGAAGUCGCAACAGCUUUAAUCUGUCGCAUCGCAUAUAGACGCGCGCGCGUAAAGGAUUUGUCCAAGAUGUCGCACCCAAUGGUUGUCCUUCCCAGUAACAAUGGAUACCGUCCCAAUAAAGGUGUCAAACGCGAACAUGACCCGGAUCAAGUUCACGAUAUCAGCUUCAAAAUUCCAAAUGCAAAUGGCGCUCCAGAGAAUAACACACACCAACAUAAGAAAAAGAAGAGUCACCACCAUCAAAGUCAACCCGAGCAAAGUGGAGGCGGAAAGAAGAAGAAGAAGAAGUCUAAGCAGAAGUCUUCUCAAUCGCAGCAACAAGAACAAGAAGACACAUUGAUGAGUGGAGGCUUGGGAGAUAUGAGCGUGGAGUUAGGAGAGCCGAUCUUACCACCUCCUCGCGAUUCUCAACCUUCAACACCUAGAGCCAUGAAAGUAAAGCAUGCGAAAGUCAACGAAGAUGGUGGCGGUGCUAAAAAUAAGAGAAAAAAGAUGAAGAAGAGCAAGAGCGUCCAUUUUGAGGAGCCCAGCAGUAACUAUCGCCCACCGCACGUUGAUGAAGAGGAGACAGAAUUUGAGGAAUUCGAGACGAAUGGUGAUUUAACUCGGCGCGAAACAUCUACCUUACCCGUUCGAUCUAAUGUUCCAAUUGUACCACCAACAUCCAGUCCAAUUCUUCCUCCUAACCGACCAAGAAGAUCCUCGAGCCAUGGCCCGCCAACUCCAAUUCUCCCACAGCCUUCCCCGAGUCGAAUGAACCCACUAUAUGUUCCUACCACGAUUUCGACCCCAAUCUUACCUCCAGCUUCACCUUUCAGAAAGAGACGCGGCUCAACUGGUGAUACAUUUCCUCGACCACCACUGGACUUCUCAAAAGAAACUCCUCUUUCGAAGGCCCCUCAACCAGUCAAACCAACACCCACCAAAGCAGCCGAAAUUAAGCCUAAGGAUGACGAGUGGGAGUUUAGCACUGGAAAAAUUCGAGCAAUGAUUGGUGAUCCAAUGGAGAAGGAUGCUCAACGAGAGGAGAACGUUGCAUUUUCAUCCAAUUACAUCCAAUCACCAAUGCGACAAGCUCAAGGUAUCAAUGUAGGAGGGGUAAAUUUCAACAUUUGGCACGUCAAAAACCGUGAAACCUUCAUCUUCAAGAGCAAAAGCACUGGACUGCAGGUCUGCUCGGUAGCUCAAGGUAGCAUAUGGGUAUUCCUCGGUCUCGAGAAAUUCCGCAUAUCGAAAGGUGGGAUGUGGCGUAUCAGAGAAGGAGAGAUCUGCUCUGCCAAAAACCAAAAUGGUACUGAGUGUGUCUUGCACAUCACCUCAAUUCCAAAUGGUUCUAUGUUGGUAAACCAGUGAAGGAGGCUGAGAGGAAACGUUUGGAAUUCCUCGCGAAUUGGAAUUACACUUUGAUGCCUUCGCACUUGCAUUUGCAGCAUAUGGAAUGGGAUUCAUCACUUAGAGAAGGCCUGGUAUUUUUUUGCGAAUGCAUGCAGCAGGAAACUAAUCAUUUUGUUGCACUUGCAGUUUAUGAAGGGAGCAUUAUCUGUUUAAAGAGGGUUGAAGCUCCGCAAUAGGAAAUUAUAUGCGUACUAUGUUUUUCGCA